ACCCCUUUUACUGACUGGGGGGGUACAGUCACUUAGACCUAAGAGUGUGAAUUAGGAAUCGGACUCUGACAGUUCAGAUUUGUCUGAUCAAACCCGGAAGUAAGGCGACUGACUACAUAAACAUGCCAUGCGUCCUGUGAAAUAAAGGCGCAGGCGCGACUGUAAACCAGAAGUUCUGCUAAACUCUGAGACACGAGACUGUAAUACACGACGACCAGAGACUUCUCAGCUGGCAGAACAGAGAAGAAUGGCUCAUUCAGCACGCAUGCCAUUCUGCCCAGAUCUUCCUCUUACUAUUGUUGAGGAAAUUCUUCUAAACCUACCUGGCCAGCAGGUGAUUAAUGUGUGCCGCCUGGUGUGUAAUGACUGGAAGUCGGUUGUGGACAGCACUGCGUAUUGGAGAAAGCGAUUCCGCAGAGAAGGAUUCAAGCCUCUCAGUAUCCCCAGUGUCCCAAGAGAUUGGCAGACCUCCUAUUUUCUAUGUAAGAAGCGCCGGAAUCUGUUGAAGAACCCCAAUGCGAAUGAGAAUUUCACUGGCUGGACAAUCGUACAAAAUGGAGGUCAUAAAUGGGCUAUAGAAAACGUGAUGGAACCUCAUCCAGAUGAAACUGUAACAAAAUGCUUUGUUACCUCUUAUGGGCGAUGCAUAAAAAGCCAACUGAUCAACCUAGAGAAAGAAGGUUACAGUCCUUUGUUUAUGGAUGAAGUACAGCCCAACAUUGUGUUAUCAGACUGGUAUGCUCCACGCUGGGACUGUGGCAGUGUAUAUGAAAUAUGUGUCGAGUUACUCAAUCGCAGGAAGAAGGCAGUCAAGUUCUUUCAACCUGAGCCAGUGACAUUUCCACAAUGGAAUGAUCAGCACUGGGAGCAGAUGACUCAUACGUUUAAGGACUAUGGACCUGGUGUUCGAUUUAUCCGUUUUAAACAUGGAGGGCAGGACACGCAGUUCUGGGCUGGACAUUAUGGAAUACGGGUUACUAACAGUAGUGUGGAAAUUGUCCCAUCAGCUGAAGGAUAUUGCUAAAAUAGUCAUUAUAGUACACAUGCAGGUAAUUUAAGGAAAUAUUUUUGUGUCUUAUGUAAAAAAAAAAAUAAUAAUAAUAAAAAAAUUAUAUAUAUAAAAAUUAUAUAUAUAUAUAUACACACACACAGCGAGCAGCCAUAACAUUGAAAACACUGACAUGUAUUAGAAGCAGGAAAAAUGUGUAAGCAUAACGAUCUGAGCGACUUUGAUAAGGGCCAAAUUGUAAUGGCUAGACGACUGGUCAGAGCACCUCUAAAACAGCAGGUCUUGUUGGGUGUUCCCGGUAUGCAGCGGUUAGUGCCUACCAAAAGUGAUCCAAAGAAGGACAACUAGUGAACCGGUGACUGGGUCAUGGGCGCCCAAGGCUCAUUGAUUCACAUGGGGAGCGAAGGCUAACCCAUCUGGUCUGAUCCCACAAAAGAGCUGCUGAAAAAGUUAAUACUGGUCAUCUGGUUAUGACAGAAAGGUGUCAGAACACACAGUGUAUCGCAGCUUGGUGCAUAGCCACAGACCUGUCAGAGUGCCCAUUCUGACCCUUGUCCACUGCCAAAAGUGCCUACAAUGGGCACAUGAGCAUCAGAACAGAACUGGAGCAAUGGAAGAAGGUGGCCUGGUCUGAUGAAUCACAUUUUCUUUUACAUCAUGUGGAUGGCCGGGUGAGUGUGUGUUGCUUACCUGGGGAAGAGAUGGCACCAGGAUGCACUAUGGGAAGAAGGCAAGCUGGCAGAGGCAGCUGUUACUUUGACAUGUAUCACUAACCACGACAUUGUUGCAGACCAAGUACACCCCUUCAUGGCAACUGUAUUCCCUCUGGCAAUAGUGGCUUCUUUCAGCAGGAUAACGUGCCCUGCCACACUGCAAAAUUGUUCAGGAAUGUUUUGAGGAACAAGACCAAGAGUUCAAGGUGAUGACUUGGCCUCCAAAUUCCCCAGAUCUCAAUCCGAUCGAGCAUCCUGUGGUAUGUGUUGGACAAACAAGUCUGAUCCAUAUUGGCCCCACGUCGCAACUUACAGGACUUAAAGGCUCUGCUGCUAACGUCUUGAUGCCAGAUACCACAGCACACCUUCAGAGGUCUUGUGGAGUCCGUGCCUCUAUGGGUCAGAGAUGUUUUAGUGGCACAAGGGGGACCUACACAAUAUUAGGCAGGUGGUUUUAAUGUUAUGGCUCAGCUGUGUAAUUAUAACAUCCUAACUAUACAUUUUAUUCUAAAUGAUACCGAUUACUGUUAUCUUGUAUACUAACAUGUUUAAAGUAUGUCUGGAUACACAUUAUCUGUCUGCAUUUGUGCUGUUGUAUUAUUUAAUACCCCAUUUACUACCUUACAAUUUAGUUUUAUUGUUGUGUCCUUGUAUUCGUAAUCUCACGUCUUAAUUAAUGUUCACCAAAUUUUGAUAUAUGCAUCAUAUUAAAAUAUCAUACUUAAACUAA